CUUCGGCGGGAGUAGACUGCAUCAGGAACCGAAGGUUGGCGCUCGGUCUUCUUUGGUUAAAUGUGUACCAAGACAGUGCGGCUAUGGACCCGUGUGGUCUGGCUGGAGAAAAACAUGGAGCAAGAAAUUGUCAUCCCCAACUGCUGGAUAAAGGGCUGCAAUGUGCUCUGGCCCAAUAUGGCGAACGCCACCAAGGCCCUCAACGAUAUGAGGGAGCCUACAAUAACAUGGAGGAAAUUUCCUCUCGUCAAAGUUAAAAUCAGCUCGACAAACAGGGAAGAGUGUGAGCAAUAUGACAUCACAACAACAGCAGAGCUCUCUGAAUUUGAGGAUGGGCCUGAGGAAAAGAGGAAGUCGAAAAAGAAGACACCCAGAUUUUAUCACAAGUGCCUCGCUACCACUGGAACCAGUGUUUGACACCAGCUCCUACAGAAGGGGGUCCUCUUCCAGGCGCAGGUCGAAGUCAAGGUCCUUGUCAAUGUCUCCAUCAAUGUCCACAUCCAGGUCCUUGUCAAUUUCCACGUCAAAGUCCAGAUCCAGAUCCGGUUCGAAGGACCGAUCGAGGAGCAAGCACAAGAGGGCAAGAUCAACAUCCAGAGAUAAAUCGAGGAACAAGCACCAGUACACCACAUCAACCAAAGAUGAUGAUCCAAAAUUCCCUAUGGAAGAAGGAAAGUUCCAGAAGCGUGUCUUCUUUCUCCUGAUGGACAUGCGAGCAACAAUAUCGGACCUUGGGAAAAAGUAUGAACCAGUCGACUCCCAGUUCCAUGUUGAAAUGAUCAACAGGAGGAAGGGACUCGCACAGCUGGAACAAAAGCUUGCAGAUGGUGACGACCGGAAACUACUGACGUCUCGUUUGCGCAAGAUUGGGGUCUCCAGCCUGGAGGACAAUGUAAAGAAUGUGAUGAAAAGGUGCUAUUCAACAAACCAACCAGUCAGCCACUGAGAAGGACAUCACUAAAUUUAUGGGGAACUUCUUGCGAUCUGCUCCUGACAGAAAUGGCAGUGGAGGGAGGAAGAAGGGUCAGACUGCAAUAGAACUGGCAUCUGAUUCCGAGGCAGAAUAAGAAUUAUGAUUUAAUCAGUCCUGCAUGAUGAAGCGCUGAAGGAAGGAAAGAAGACCGAAAACCAGUGGCCAGCCAACAAUCCAUCACUUUUCUACCAAUUUUGGCUGUAUUUUAUAAAAUUGUGUCUUGUGCCAUGCAUACCUGUUUUUGGUGGGUUUAUGUAAUAAUUGAAAGGUCAGAAUAGGGUUAAAAUCAUGACGUCAAUUUGAUGUCAAACUUUUGGCGUCAAUUUGAUGUAAAACCUUUGACGUCAAUUUGAUUUGCAAAAUCGACUCAUUUUUGACGUCUUUUUGACGUCAAUAUUUGAUGUCAAAUUGAUGUCAAUUCAACGUCAAUUGCCCACUGGGCUGGGGAUAGGUUGAUUGGCAACACUAAAUUGGCCCUAGUGUGUGAAUGUUGUCUGUCUAUCUGUGUUGGCCCUGCGAUGAGGUGGCAACUUGUCCAGGAUGUACACCGCCUUCCACCCGAUUUUAGCUGAGAUAGGCACCAGCGCCCCCCGUGACCCCAAAGGCAAUAAGCGGUAGAAAAUGGAUGGAUGGAUGGAUUGCAGUUAAAUAAAAAUAUGGCUCCCAUGAACCCUUAAUGUGUUGUUGUGACAGUAAAGUAUUAGUUUUUGGUUAAUAUCAGGGCUAAUUCAGUAUUUUUGUAACAAAUAUGUUUAUAUCUCAAAUGUGUUUUUAGUCAAGCUUACUUUCUUAGCAAAUAAUACAAGUUGAGACCGUAGGUUAGAAUGAUAUGCUAAAUAGUGUCUUCCCUUCUCUGUUUGAAUCAAUAUUUUCAUUAUUUAUGAAUUUGGCCUCUACAUUGAUUUUUGGGAAAACAUGUACAGUGUUUUUUGGGGUUGCGGCGCCUAUCUCAGCUAGGAAUAAGCGGUAGAAAAUGAAUGUACAGUGUUAAAUUGAUAGGAAUAUGAGGUGCAUGACCACUUGUCCAGGGUGUACGCACCCUCUCGCCCGAUAGGCUCCAGCCACGGAUGGAUGGUUAAGUUGCUACUUGAAGUGACUCAUGCGUACCACGAAGAGGGCAAAAACAAUAGUUAGUUGAAUCCAUAUUGGGGAUUUUGAAAGCCAUUCUACAUGCUAACCCUUUCUAGAUUGGUAUGAUUGCUAUGGUUUGGAUAGCAUCC